GCCCAAGUUCGCAAUCAGAGAUCGUAAACCCUAAUAUUACAAACUUCUUCAUCACUCAAAUUUCACUUCACCUUACAGUCGUACUCGUUGUAGCCUCCUCUCUCCAUCUCCAAGAGUCAAACAUGUCUGGUGAUGAAGCUGCUCCCGCCGUUGUUCCCCCCGUUGCUGAGCCCUCUGCGAUACCAGAGGACAUGGAUCUCUUGACCGCAUUGGAGCUGACGCUAAGGAAGGCACGUGCUCACGGUGGUGUGGUCCGUGGUCUCCAUGAGUGCGCUAAGCUAAUUGAGAAGCGGUCUGCUCAGCUCUGUGUCUUGGCUGAAGACUGCAACCAGCCUGAUUACGUGAAGCUUGUUAAAGCUCUCUGCGCUGAUCACAGCAUCAACUUGCUUACGGUUCCUAGUGCUAAGACUCUCGGUGAAUGGGCUGGUCUUUGCAAGAUUGAUUCAGAGGGUAAUGCGAGGAAGGUUGUUGGAUGCUCGUGCCUUGUUGUCAAGGACUAUGGUGAAGAUACUACUGCACUCAACAUUGUCAAGAAGCAUAUUGAAUCUAACUAAGUCAGCAAAUUUAUAUUUUCUGAUGUUUUUCUUGUGGCUACUUUUUCCUCUUUUUGGUUGUUUUUGUUAUAUUUGAUACAUUGCUUUUUAGUGGAAAAAAGGUCUUGAGAAUUGUUUGGAGCAUGAAGUUUUGAUGUUUUGUAUACAACUCUUAAAUCAGUUUUAUCACUCGAUGGUACCCUUCUCAACAACGAGGCCGUUGAAUAUAAGUUUCGAUUGAUACAA